GGGGAAGAGGGAGAGUGAGAAGUGGGGACGGUCAGAGGGGAAGAGUGGAUGGUGAGAGAGGGAUGGGAGACGCGAAGAAAGUCUCAGAGUGGCGCGUCGCGCGAUCAUCAUCCGGGCAAGAUGACCGAAGGGGACACGUGCCGCCCUUCUCUCUCCACAUCGCGACCGCGCAUCGUCCGCCUGCACCAAGCCUGCACCAGCUCGCUAUCUCGUCCUCGACCGGCGCACAGUCUUCGCCGUGCCCACUGCUCUUCCUGUCGACCAAGAACUAAGUCUCGGGAGAGCUCAUCCACACUCAUGGACGACCCCUUCGCCCCCUCCGUCUGGGAGACCCCCGCGCCCGUCGACAUCUUUGCGGACAAGCAAUCCUCGCUCAUAACGCCGAAAUCCCCCUUCGAGGACGAGGAUGAGUUUGCGGAUGCUCCGCAGACGCUGAUGGAUGUGCCGACGACGUUAGUGGAUGCGCCGACGACGAACGGCGCACCUCACUCGGAUACGACAGAAGACGAAUUUACCACGCCGCGCACGAAUGGCACACCUGCGCUAGGUGUGCCGGAGGACGACGGGUUUGGUGCACCAGGAGCCAACGACACAACGAAUGGUCAAGCCGACGACGGUUUCGGCGACUUCGACGACUUCGCCGGGCCUGCGCAGGCGGGCGGGGAUGACGACGACUUCGGGGAUUUUGGCAACUUUGGCGACGCAGGGGAUGGAGGCGACGCGAGUGCAGGCUUUGGAGAGGCAUCUGGCUUCGACAGCGUGUCUGGAUUCGACGAUGCAAAUGGUUUCGGUAGCCCGUCUGGCUUUGACGACGCAGCGGGCUUCGGUGUCCCUGGUCCAUCCCGCCCGGACUGGGCACCAUUGCGACUCGAGCCGAUGCCUUCGAGGGAGGGACUCAUGGACGAUAUCAACGCGAUUAUAGCGCCCAUAUGGGAGCACGACGAUGUGCAGGGGUAUGUGACGGACGAGGCGGAGCGGGAGGCGGAGGGCGUGAACCAGAUUUUGACAACGCCGGAGAGCCGUAACAUGUUCAACACCCUGAUGCAAGCACCCUUACCCACCAAACCACCAAACUGGAUCCGCUCUCGCAUUCGGCGGCAGCACCUCAUUACACUGGGUAUACCCGUGAACCUAGACGAAGUCCUUCCGAGUACGGGCGCGAAGUCUGCGCUUCCUCAGCUUCAUGUCUCUACUCGACCGAUGUCUGCGCCUCCUGGGCCGCGGCAUACGCCGUCGAGUAGCGCACCUGGGUCUGCUGCGAAUUCGCGGUCGGGGACGCCUGUAGGAGGGAGAAGAACGGCACAGUCACCAUUUGGCCCGAAGCCGUCACUAGAUACGGACCGUAUAGCGGAGUUGCUAGCGCUGGAAGCUGACGCUCUCGCUCUACAACCACUUGCAUCCCUCGAGCGCACGCACACGGAGAUCCGCACACAGAUAGCAAACACAUCAACACUCCUCACAUACUUGUUGCAGGUCCGCGACUCGCUGCAGCACGACUCGGAGACGUAUAACAAGCUGAUAGCAGAGCUGGUGUCGGAGGCGCAGCGGGUACGGUCAGGGAAGAACGUGAGACAACCGUUGAGGAGAUCGAGUGGGAUGACUUGAAGCUAGUAUCUGUAGCAUACAUAUCUGUAGCGACGAACUGGAAGGAGUUUUACUGCCUGAGCAAUGCUCAUGAUCACGUUGAAGGGA